AUGGGUGCCCGGCUCCUGAACAUGAUUGACCGGGAGCCCGUGUUGGACCUGUUGGCCUUGUUGGCGCAACCGCCCGUUGGAACCUCGCCAAUUGCCAAGUUCCGACCACGGCGCAGUCCACUGGCAAGUGGCCAGCAUGGCAGGGAUCUGAUCUACGUGUCCUAUGCAGAAGGGGUCACCGGCAAGCCACCCGAAAAGCCACUGGCCACAAGAGGACCCGAGAGCCCGCUGCUCGUGCCGUUAUGGCUGCAGGACCCUCAGAUCCGGCUCGGCGUUGAUGCCAUAUUACACGCGACGUUUGCAAUGCAUGUGACAUACUGCAGCCACUGCCCAUCACUUCAGUCUCGUGUCUACGGAAGGGACUUCAGCCCUGCUCUUGGCCAUGUUGCUACCCAAUUACUGGGACGCUUCCUCGGUCACGGUCUGGUACUUGCCAUUCCAUUAGUCUUCACAUACCUCUUGUAUUCCUCGCUCAACCGAAAACACCUGCGGGUGAAGGGUGGAAGUGAACGGAGUAUCAUCAAGUUCCCUACGACUCUUUCCUUCAUUACGGAUCCACUGGCAUUGGCUUUUGCUACGGAAAACUUCCUCCGUCGGCUCCAAGACGGGUGUCGCCAGGUCUUCCCUGUCUCUCUACCUGGUAGAAACCUAAGCAUAGCUCUGCCUGGAGAGGGCACACGAGCAUUAUUCCGACAAUCGAAGGAAUAUGUUCCUGUUCCUGGAUUAUUUGACGCUUUGACUGUUUUCUUCGGGUUGACGGCCAAGGACCAUGCUGUAUUCGACCACGGUCAUGUCACCAGGUUCGAGCUUCACGACAGCGAAGGCCACCGAACCAAUCAUGUAGACCCGUCGCGGAGAAUCAUUGAACAUCAGCGAAGGGAUUUCACUUCAUUUCUCAACGGCGAUAGUCUGAAGGCCAUCAUGAAAAGAUUCGAGAACAACUUCUGCAAUGAACUCCAAGGACAACUACUCGAUGCUCCAACUACCCAUAUCCCGGAUCUCUACACAUUCAUCAGGGACUCCAUAUUCAAAGCCGAAGUGGAAGCUCUUUACGGGGAGAUGAUUUUCAAGAUUUGUCCGUCAUUCUGUCAAGAUUUCUGGGAUUUCUAUGAUGCGUUUCCCGUCAUCUCCCGCCAACUCCCAAGGUGGCUGUUUCCGACAAAGUAUCAGAAGAGAGACAAGAUGCUUCAAAAUCUCCACGCGUGGCGCAUUCAAUGCAAGGCUAAGCAUGAUUCUUCAGACGAAGGUCAUCUCGACUGUGGGGAGUAUGAACCAGUCUGUGGGACUCUCUAUAUCCGAAGAAUGGUACAACGACACGAAAAGCUUGGAUUUUCGGAUGAUGGAAUUGCUUCAGCUCUCCUGGGUUACCUGUUUGUAACAACCGCAAACACAAUACCAGCGGCAGCAUGGAUGAUUCUGCACACGCUUUCGGACGAGUCGCUCACGUAUCGUAUGCGCCAUGAACUCUCAAUGGACAAUCUAGCUCACCUGGAUCUUCCCAGUCUGGGGAGCGCCCCCCUCCUCAACUCCGUCUAUCGAGAGACACUCAGACUUCACGUUGCUGGCGCUACAGGCCGUACAUCUCCUCAAACUGGAUUCGGUUCACACCAAGCUGGUACUGUUACGAUGACAGCAAGCUGGCUUGGUGGACUUGAUACAACAUUUUGGAACGAAGGAGCUGUCGUUGACAGUGUCCCGAAGCAUCCUGUUGACACUUUCUGGGCUGAGCGGUUUCUGAAUUAUCCAGAUGACCCCGGAAGCGGACCUCUCCGUAAAGCAGACAAUUACCCACUUGCUGAUCAAUUCCCCAUUAUCUCGGACACGAAGACGACAACAGAUGACUCAACAGCAACACUAAGCACAAGUGGUCUACGAGGGCAUUGGUUCCCUUUCGGAGGCGGCGCGUGGAGAUGCCCGGGUGAAACUUUAGCUAAAAACACCAUUUUGGUCUCGGUCUGGUCCUUACUGCGGGACUUUGAUGUACAUGUUACGGAUCGUACAGCCGCGUCAAAAGUAGUAUUAGAGCCACGGCAUAGGACCCUGCCUUUCGGCACACACGCAUUUAGUCGGCUUGUUCCGGUUGACGUUACAAGACGAGCGACAUACAUAGAAUAG